AGAAACGUGUAUCGUGUUUAUGGCGUUGGCGCGGAUCUGUGAAGAAGUUGAAUGUGUGUGGGGCUGUGAUAAUGUUUAUUUUGGAUGGGAUAGAAGAUAGCAGUUUAUUUAAUUGCGGUUUGAACGACUUUUUACUGAAUGGCGGAGGGAUAGCGGUGAUGUUUUUGCUUAAAAUGUAGAGGAGUCGAUGUGAUCAGAAACUAUUGGCACUUUCUGAAUAACCAUUUUUUAAGCUAGAGUGUCAGCAAUGUCGAAGAUCAAGUCUAAGAAAAGCAUGAUGAACAGUGGACUGCAAUCAGACAUUUCUGUGUUUUUCUCCAAGGUACAGCCAAAAUCCCCAAAAAGAUUUACAGCCUUGCGCCCAAAUGUAGAUGUCUCGAUUAUGAAGACCUCUGUUAGGCAAGACACAAAGUUCCCACUCUUCUCCAUAAUCAUCCCGGAGACACCUGAGAGUGAGAAAAAGCGUCACUGCACAACACGGCCCUUUUCUGAGGAUCCAUUCUCCCCUGUGUCCUGUAGUCCACGUUCCCGAGGCCUCGUCUGCAAGGCCAAACUCUUGUCCAGAAGGUCGCUCCAACUACAGAACAAGAUGAGCCCAAAACCAGGGGACACUUUGGAAUCUGAGAAUAGUAUUGGUUGUUUUGGUUCAGUGAAACGGCUGGGGUAUGGUUCGGAGAUGCAGCAGACAUCCAAGCGCUCCAGAUCCAGAGAGUUCGAGAAAAGUUUUGGACAGGAUUCAAGCUCCGACAGGGAUUACUUCUGCAAAUUUCACCAGAAUAUUCAUGAAGCUGCUGAUCUGAAAGAUGUGAAAUCAAAAGGCUUCUCAAAGAAUAUUGAGAAAAAGUCUGACAAAAUACUAUCUGAGAAGAACAGUUCAAUAUCCACUCUGUCGAGUAAUAUACUGAGGAAUAUGAAUUCGGAAAAGAGUGAUGGUGCCAAUGGGUCAGUCAUAAAAUUACCAAGAAUUAAUUAUAAAAUCAGCUCGAGUGAAGAUGAAAAGGAGAACAUUGAUCUCAGUACUGAGCCAAGUACAGACUUGACUGAAAUAUCCAGUGAUAAUCAGUUGGAUCUUGUGGUGUCCUACAGUUCAUGGCUAUGCAAUAGUGAUGCUGGUGAAAAGAAGGAGAAUGUUCUUUCUUGUGAAAUUGAGAAGAAAUCAAAACAAGUGAACAACCUUGGUGAUGAAGAAAAGGCCAUCACAGCUUCUGAGGAGAAUGUAACUAUACUGGAUGACAGCUGGUUUAAUGACCAAAUGGAGCAAAGUUUUGAGGAGCCGGAACAUGAAAAGUCCGAACUUGAAAAGAAGAGAAGCAUUCCUGAGCAUGUGAUUCUGGCCUCUGGACUCCAUAACCGAUACUGGGUUCUAAACGUGCAAGAAACCACUGGAGCCCAAGGCUACAACGAGAAACAUUUAACCAUCACUUGCUCAAAGUCAUCCCACCCUACAGAGACCUGCAUUCUCAAGGAUGACUGGGAGAAUACCCCAGUUGCUGUGGGGGACAUUGUUCAUCUGGAAGGAGAGUGCGUUUCUGGCUUAUGGGUGAUAGACAGGAGCUCUGGUUUCCUGAUCCUUUUGCCUGAUCUGCUCAUCUCAGGGACCAGCAUCGCUAACAGUGUUCGCUGUAUGAGACGAGCUGUACUCGGAGAGAUUUUUAAGAGUUUGAAUGGUGGAAGCAAGCAGAUGCUGAAUGGGACCAUUGUUCAUGACAUCUUUCAAAAAGCUGCCAUGUCUUUAGACUUUUCUCCUGAAAAGCUAGAGAAGCUUGCCAGUGAAGCUCUGCUCAGCCCAGAAUACCUUAGACAACUGUACAGUCUCAGACUGACUGAAGCAGACAUGAAGCAGGAGGUGGAGGAAUAUCUUCCUGCAAUUGCUGAAUGGGCCAAAGACUAUCUCCACACCUUUGUACGGGCCCGGCAAAAACGGCUGACUUUCAGACUCCCCAGUGAUGGAGUUCUGAGCCGGCAGGAUUCAGACUGUAGUAUCGCCGUUACUGAUUUUGUGGACAUUGAGGAGAACAUCUGGUCUCCAAGGUUUGGUCUGAAGGGAAAAAUUGAUGUGACAGCCGGGGUAAGGAUCCACCGGCGAGGCAGGAAGCACGUAGACAAGAUUGUCCCAUUGGAGCUGAAGACGGGCAAGGAGUCGAACUCUAUAGAGCAUCGUAGCCAGGUUAUCUUAUAUACUCUUAUGAGCACUGAAAGACGGGAAGACGCUGAGGCCGGGUUUCUCAUCUACCUGAAGACUGGCAAUCUACAGCCCAUAGUGGGUAACCACAUGGACAGAAGAGAGCUGAUCAAACUGAGGAACUCUCUGGUUCAUCAUCUUAGCAACAGUGUCAUCAAGAUUGACGGCAGAAGCCGAAUGGGAUGUUUACCUGAAGUCAUCUCUGACCAGCAGGCCUGCAAGUACUGCCCACAGAGAAGAAACUGUGCACUUUACAACAGAGCUGUGGAGAAGGCUCCAGAUGCAUGUCCUUCUGAAGGUCCUCAGGCUUUCCUACAGCUUGAGAGUGAACAUCUGAACCCGCUUCACCUGCAGUACUUCAGCCACUGGUUACUGCUCUGUAGCUUGGAGGCACUCACCAUAGUGAACAAGGGAGGCUGUCGGAACAUCUGGCUCCAGUCUGCUGAGGAGAGAGAGAAGAAUGGUGGCUGUGUUGGGAACAUGGUAUUGGCAGGCAGCGUGACUGCUCUCUGUGGUGGUGUGUAUGUGCACCACUUUAAGCGCAGACAAGGAGAACUUGCACUAAUCACACUGAUAGUCGGGGACAGGGUGGUGGUCAGUGACCAGGACUCCAGGUUCAUUGGUCUAGCCACUGGAUACAUCACUGAGAUCACAAACACAGGAGUGACAUGUUAUUUGCAGAAGAAUCUCUCAAAGAAUUCCGCUGAUAUGGUAUUCCGGCUGGAUCAGGAUGAGGGCGCUGGAGGCCUGAGCACUCAUCUUGGAAACCUCUCCAUGCUGAUGGAGAACUCGCCGAACAGUGAUAGGCUGAGACAGCUCAUUGUGGAGUUUAAGCCUCCUCAAUUCAUCGAUAACCUCAGCAGUGUGUUGCCCCGAGAGGCCAAGGACACCGUAGCCAACAUUCUGAAAGGUCUCAACAAACCUCAAAAGCAGGCCAUGAAAAAGGUACUGUUGUCCAAAGACUACACACUUAUUGUUGGAAUGCCUGGUACUGGGAAAACUACUACCAUUUGUACUCUGGUGCGUAUUCUGCACGCCUGUGGCUUUUCUGUGCUCCUGACCAGCUACACGCAUUCUGCAGUAGACAACAUUUUGCUGAAGCUGAAGAAAUUUAAAGUUGGCUUCCUGCGCCUGGGCCGAACUCAUAAAGUGCACCGUGACAUCUUGCCCUUCACUGAGGAGCAGACUCGGACCAGGGGAAUCAACACCCUUGACCAGCUGGAGGAUCUCUAUAAUAAAGAGCUUGUUGUAGCCACUACAUGUAUGGGUGUGAACCACCCGAUCUUCAGCCGACAGCGCUUCGAUUUCUGUAUUGUGGAUGAGGCGUCUCAGAUAAGCCAGCCUGUGUGCUUGGGACCACUCUUCUAUGCUCAGCGGUUUGUUCUUGUAGGAGAUCACCAACAGCUGCCUCCCAUUGUCCAAAAUGCUGAGGCCAGGGCUUUGGGCAUGGAUGAGAGCUUGUUCAAGCGUCUCGAGCAUCACAGUCAGGCUGUUGUUCAGCUAAAUGUCCAGUACAGGAUGAACAGGAUGAUUAUGUCCCUGAGCAAUGCUCUGAUGUAUGAGGGCAGGCUGGAGUGUGGCUCGGAGCGGACUGCCAAUGCUCAGCUGCAGCUGCCCUGCAUGGCCGCACUAGAGAGUGAGCUGUGUGUGUGUCAGCCUCAGUACACUGCCUGGGUCCACGCUGCGCUCGAUCCUCAAAAAUCUGUCUGCUUUCUGGACACAUCACAGGUUCCAGCCCUAGAGACGGUGGAGAAGGGUGGAGUCAGUAAUCACACAGAGGCCAUCUUGGUGCAUGCUCUCAUUAGCCUGCUGCUUAAGGCCGGCUGCAGGGCGAGUGACAUUGGGGUCAUCGCUCCAUACCGGCAACAACUCAAGGCCAUCACCGCUCUGCUGGAAGAAGAAUCCUUCAGAGCCGUGGAGGUGAACACUGUGGACAAGUAUCAGGGUCGGGACAAGAGCGUCAUCAUUGUGUCCUUUGUCAGGAGUCACACAGAGGGCAACCUGGGAGAGCUGCUGAAAGACUGGCGAAGGCUGAAUGUGGCCAUCACCAGAGCCAAACAUAAGCUGCUGAUGCUGGGCUCAGCUCCUGCGCUGCGCCUGUACACUCCACUGGAGAAACUUCUCACUCACAUGCAGCAAGAGAACAUGAUCUGCCAGCUGCCCGCUGCUGCUCAUGAGGCACUACCUUGCAUCAAAAUGUGACAUUUAGUGGACUCUCACACUGCAGCUUCUUAGCACCAACUCCCAUUGAGUUAAAGAUCCCUAAAGACAGAGUUUCUCUGAGCCUGAAUGAGAGUUUGGACUGCUAAAUAGAUGCUACAUUAUAAUACCUCAUGGUUAAUAACUGACUUUUUUUAAACCCCAGUUUUUUUGUGUUUUCAUAUGCUUUUAUUAAGAGGAUUUUUUUUAACAGAUAUUCAAAGUAUUUUGUAUGUAAAUAGUUUUGUGAGAUUUUGUAUGUUUUCCUCUAAUAAAGAUAUUAAAGUUUCUAAUUACAAA